CACCUCUCCCUCUGAUUACUGUUCAGCCAUCCUACAGGCCUUCUGAUGCAAAUGCCAGGCGAUUUGUGCUGCUGAAUAAUACAGGGCCUGAUUCAUCCUGGUCUCCCCACAUACACAUGUACUUAGGACUAACACUGCUGACAGAUGACACAGGAUUCUUAUUCUUCCUUUAUAUCCUUACUGGAGGACCACAUCUCUCCAUCCACACAGACAAACUUCAGGAUUUUGUGUUGAGUUGGCUUCUCCUGCAUUGAUAGAUAUAUGUGUGUAAGAACUGUUUAUGGCGUUGGAAGUGUGUUAUAAACAGUGUAUUAUAGGAAUAUUGUCUCCUCUAUUGUAAUUGUGAAGUCUACAGAGGACACUAUACCUGUAGUUGUGUUGAUCUCCAUCACAUCACACCUGUGCUGACAGAAUGUUAUCAGUUAACCUGUGUUUUCAUUGGAUUUAAAGCAAAUGGCCCUUUAAUUCUAACUACCAUUUGGGUCAUUACGAGGAAGCACAUCAUUUCAUUGAUACCGAUCUUAUAGCAUUCUGGAAACGUAAAGAGAUGCAGCCUGUUUCGUAUAUAAGGAAUUGAAUGAUUUUUUUUGGUUGGUGGGGACACAUCAGUUGGCUGUCACCGCAACAGUGAUGCAUACUCACACAGGUAAAAAGGGAAAGCAUCCCUCCGACAAAGCCAGUACUCUCGACAAGAAGAAAAAGAAAGGGCAUAUUGAAGAAGUUAAGGACUCGGACAAAUUGCAAGAGGAGGUCAACAAAGUUUACCGUUCACUUAAGUACAUCCGGGCCGUAGUGGACAAUGAAAAGCUUCAAGUUAUCCCAAGCACAGCAACUGUUGUCCUUGAAACAGUCAUGGAUGUCUUUACUCUUCUCAAUAACUUCUUUCUCACAAAGGACAGUUCCACCAUGCUAUCACGCCACAACAAAGUCUGUCAAUGCUUGGCACGCUUCAUACAGUGGGCAGACGACAUUUUACUUAAUGGCAAGAAGGUGCUUAACAAAGAGGCGGCGCAUGAAGUCAUCACCGCUUUAUCAGACGGUGUGGAGGAGCUUAAGCAGAUCAGUCUUGACAAAUUACAUGACAAGAAGAUGAACCCUUCUAUGCGAGUUGCUGACCAGAUCUAUGGGUCGCUGGCAGACAGCAACAAGAGGUCAUCCCUUCCUGAAAUCCCUCUAACUCCGAGGGAAAAGGAGAUCCUAGAACACACUAGUGAGAUGGGGAUAUAUGAUAACACACCUUUUACCACAUCACGCUCCAGUGACAGCAUCAGUAGCAACCACCUGAUGAUGAGAAAGGAAACAUCUCCACCACCUAAACCACCACUUCCCAGAGAUCAGGCUGUGAUACAUAGAUUGGUCCAACAACGAUCACAAGAGAGUCUGCCCCCUGGUGUUGAAGGUGACUUCUCUCCUCCUCCAUUACCAAAUAAAGAAAACAGACGAUCUCUUACCAACACGUUGGAAAUCCUAUCUGGCAUGCCAAACCCACUGGGCCAUGUGAGCCCAAACCAAUCCCCACAUACUAGUGUGAUUUACACAAACACUCCCUCAGAACUGUCAUCCAGUCCGGGGCAUAUAACCCUCAGCAACCAAUCAGAUCUGAGUAUAUCCCCUCUCAGUCGGUCACCGGGGAGCAGUGUUGGCUCUGGACUGAACCGGUCAUCAGAGGACCUGCUUGACUCCACAAGCCAAAAUAGCAGUCGUACAAAUAGCUUCUCUCGGACUUCUUCUGAAGCUAGGAUAGGCAGUUCCUUUAGUUCCAGUACAAUGAGCAAAAGUUCAUCACAGUCAGAUGGGACGGUAGACCAGAUAAACCAGUUGACAAAAGAAAUUAAUCGUCUUACAUCUGAUAUUGCUAUUAUGACCAAAAAAAAUGGAAACCAGGGUGAGAGCUGUGAAGGGCAGGAACCUCCAACACUGCCCAAGAAACUGAAUCGUCUGCCCUCCCAGUAUGAUAACAUGAAUGAGAGUGGCAUCCAAGUAACGACAGGCUCUGCAGGCAGCAGUCGAGUCGUUUCUUACGAAGCACGGAUGUCUUCAUCUUCAACGAGUAGUUCCCAGUCAUUUGCAGGGUUCCAGAUGCAGAAGUCUAACACUAUAUCUUUCACACAGCGUACUAGUUCCCAGGAGACCUACUCCAGCUCGGAAACAUUUUCUAGUGCCAGUCACUCUAGUCUGGAGAGUCUGCCUAAACCACCACCGCUACCACCAAAGAAACGUCACAUACAAGCCUACAUGCAGACCUUUGGAAACUACACCCAACCUAGUGCAAUAACUGAGUGUGUGUACUCGCGUCACUCUAUCAACUUCUACGAGUCACAGUGGCAGAACCACCAGAUGGAGCUGCAGCCUCAGAUCUAUCCACGCUCAAAUACGAUCAGUGUUAUCUCCGACCUCAGCUCUGACUCUUCCUUCAGUGGAAGUGCCCCAAACAGUCCAAUGAUCCCUCCCCUUCCCACAAAACUUAGAGACAAUGUCAAUCGUGACAGUCAGCUGUCCACUACUUCCAGCCAGUCCGAUUUCUCUGCACCCGAGUUUGCUGCUGAGAUGUCGCGUGAGAAGGCUGCGAGUCUGAUAGAGGGACCAACCCAAGGAGCGGCUUCAGAUGUUGAGCCAAAACGGUCUUCAGCUCCUCCAGGACAGAUCCCAGCCAAGGAUAUACUGGCUCUGGCUUCUGUUGAACUCCCAACCAUUACCACAACAAAACCGGAGAUCCAGCGGGAUGCAGACUCGGACUUUGCUGAACUCAACCCACUCGAUGAUGUUGAUGUGUCUGACCAGCUUAUAAAGAAAAAAGAAAAUGAGGAUGGUCCGGAGAUACGUGGUGGCUCGGUUGAUGCCCUAGUGGUCCAUGCUUCAGCUGCUGGCAAGUCAGGGUCGGACACUGAUUUGGCUUCAUGUUAUCAGGAAGAAUUCAUGUACCAGGAGGCAUUUUUGACAACAUACCGGACAUUCAUCUUGCCCCGUGAUCUCAUUGAUAAAGUCUUGUAUAGAUUCAACAAGUUUCAGCGAGCUGGGGACAACAAAAAGAAACGACUGGCACGAAAUGGCUUUUCCCUACUUGUCCGAAUCAUUGAUGAACUUAGUCACGCUGAGCUAGAAGAUCAGAUCAUACAGAAAAUGAUGGAACUGGUAUUUGAGCUCCUGUGUCAAGGAAAUCUCAUGCUGGCCCGCAUCCUCAGAAAAAAAAUCAUUGAGAAGUGUGAGGCAAAGAAGGCUCAUGGUGAGGUCACACAGACCAUGAACAUCACCUCCUCUAUAUCACUGGCCUCCAGCCCGUCUGAUCUCCUACACCUCAAAUCACAUGAUAUUGCAGAACAGAUGACAUUGAUGGAUGCCGAGUUGUUUCAGAAAAUUGAGAUUCCAGAAGUUCUUCUCUGGGCCCGAGAGCAGUCAGAGGAACUGAGUCCAAACCUGACAGAAUUCACAGAACAUUUUAAUAAAGUUUCUUACUGGUGUAGAACACAAAUUCUUAUCCAAGAGGAAGCCAAGGAGCGAGAAAAAUACUUAAUCAAAUUCAUAAAAAUCAUGCGGCACUUGCGGAAGCUGAGUAAUUUCAACUCGUAUUUGGCCAUCCUCUCAGCAGUGGAUUCAGCUCCCAUACGACGUCUGGAGUGGCAGAGACAGAACCUUGAGGCCCUUAAAGAGUUCUGCCAGCUCAUCGACAGUUCUGCAUCAUUCCGUGCCUACAGACAAGCCCUAAGUGAGACUGAGCCCCCCUGCAUACCCUACAUUGGACUGAUCCUUCAAGACCUGACGUUUAUAAACAUCGGUAACCAGGACUUCCUGCCAGACAAAAAUGUGAACUUUGCUAAACGUUGGCAGCAGUUCAACAUACUUGAUAGCAUGAGAAGGUUCAAGAAAUGUAAUUAUGAAUGCAAGAGGAACGAAAAAAUCAUGACUGUGUUCAAUAACUUUGAGGAUUACCUUAGUGAAGAAAGUCUGUGGCAGAUAUCAGAAAAAAUCAAACCCAGAAGUGUGAGGAAAAAACCUGAACCAGCUGAACCGUAACCAUUCAACCUCUAACUGAAAGUGUGAUAUUUCCCAGGAUGUGACCUUUAUAACAGGAUGUGACCUUUAUAACAGGAUGUGAACUUUCUACUUUUGCUUGGAUUAUGAAAUAUAACAGGAUGACCUUUCAUCCUCUGGUUGGAAUGAUCAAAUGUGAAACUUAAUUAUUCGACCAGAAAUGUAAAAAGGGAAAGUGUCAAAAGGUGUGAUCUUGGUGUUUUGUGAAAACAUCAGUAAUUGAUAUCAUUCAAAAGUGGAAGAACCCUUUAAAGGUUGAUAAUAAAAACAUAGCUAUUGCAAAACAAAGGAGGUCAUCCUGGUGAACUAGUAGGAGAGUAUCUAGAUAGGUAGUUUUGUUUAGUGUUGGUUGGUGCUAUGCUUUUAGAUAAGGAUUAUACAAUGGGAAUUACAAUAUCAGAUACGAUAUUGCCAGCUGAGGAUCGAUGUACUCACACAUAGGUCUCUGUCAGAAUUAGGUACAGUUAAACCUGUCUAUAAAGGUCACUCAUGGAAGCAGGGAAAACAGGUAGUAGCCUUGUGUGACAUACGGUUCUGUUAGCCUUGUGUGACGAAAGGUUCUGUUAGCCUUGUGUGACGUAAGGUUCUGUUAGCCUUGUGUGACGUAAGGUUCUGUUAGCCUUGUGUGAUGUAAGGUUCUGUUAGCCUUGUGUGACAUAAGGUUCUGUUAGCCUUGUGUGACGUAAGGUUCUGUUAGCCUUGUGUGACGAAAGGUUCUGUUAGCCUUGUGGGACGAAAGGUUCUAUUAGCCUUGUGUGACGAAAGGUUCUUUUAGCGUUGUGUGACGUAAGGUUCUGUUAGCCUUGUGUGACAUAAGGUUCUGUUAGCCUUUGUGACGUAAGGUUGUGUUAGCCUUUGUGAUGUAAGGUUCUGUUAGCCUUGCGUGACGUAAGGUUCCGUUAGCUUUUGUGACGUAAGGUUCUGUUAGCCCUGUGUGACAUAAGGUUCUGUUAGCCUUGUGUGACAUAAGGUUCUGUUAGCCUUGUGUGACAUAAGGUUCUGUUAGCCUUGUGUGACGUAAGGUUCUGUUAGCCCUGUGUGACAUAAGGUUCUGUUUGCCCUGUGUGACAUAAGGCUCUGUUAGCCUUGUGUGACGUAAGGUUCUGUUAGCCUUGUGUGACGCAGAUAUAUCAGGUUUAAGCUUUAUGCAUUUUGCUUGUUUUGCCAUCAUAAAAGUAUCUCUAUUGGAAACAGCAUCAGUAGAUAAACCUUAUUAUAAGUCUGGGAAUAUGAAAUGAUAAAAUAUAUUCAAAAUGUACAAACCAUUGGUGUUAACUCAUAUGCUGUGUUUAAAACUGGAUAUCAUGACUUCCCUAUCCCUGUUAUUCUGUUACCAACAGGGAGAUAAUAUAAGGGGUAAACACUUCUGAUUGAUGAUUGAGACCUGUUUUUUAUCUCGGAUGAUGAUUGAGACACGCUUUUAUCUCGGAUGGUGUAAUAUCAUUGUCUUAUUUUAGUGCUUUUAUUUAAAAGUUUCAGAUUUAUUGGAUAGGGCCUCUUAUAUGCAAAGUGGUUACAUUGACAUUUAUCACAGGGUACUGUAUAUGCAAAUAAUAAAUAUAUUCUAGUCCGUUUGUAGUGACAACUAGGGCAGACAUUAGGCUGUAUAAUGUUGACAAUAUAAAGUCAGAAACAAAAUCAUUUCAUUCAUAAUAAAACUAUGUGCAUGUACAAAAAUUCCAAUCCAUUGUGUAGAAUUGUCCUAUUAUUGUUAACAUCCACUAUUAAGGCCUGUUGGCCUUUCAGUGGACAACCCAUAAUUAUCCUAAUUUUCUUACAUUACAUAUUUACAUAUUUCAUCCAUUUCCAUUCAUUGAAGAUGUAUUCAUUCUAUUCAAAGAACAUAGAAUUUUUUUGUUUGCCAUUCAUCAUGAUAAUAAUAUAGAAAUGUGAUUGUUACUGUAGGAUGGUAUGUGAUCAUACAGCCUAGACACUUGUUUGGUAGAAAUUUAUGGCCAUGUACUUACUAAGAUCUGUAAUCAAUAGUGAAACAGUAUAAUCGAGAUUUAUCUCAACUGUACUCUUUAACAAUCAGUUAUUAUACUAUAUCAACAUGACAUUGUGUGCCUGGCUUUUGUCUUGUUGGCAGAAAAAAACUGAGAAGUUGUGCGAAAAUAUAUAAAGAAAUAUUAUUUAUUUCAAUAUUGUAAAGAAUUUGUAGGUGUAGAUGUAGGCCAGUGUUUUUGAACAGAGUAUAUGUGUUUAUAGCUGUGUAUGUGAGUGAUAAGUGAUGAGACUAAUAGUGUGUAUGAUAGUAUUGUUGUGUUUAUAAUUUAUUGAAAUAGAUCUUAAUGCAAAAGUGUGUUUUUGUGCUGGUGACUGUACACAUGGAGUAUGAUACUAUACUACAGUAGUACAGCUGUUGGACCUCUCACAACCUGUACCUGUAAUGUACAAAUACACAAUAGUACUACACUACAGUAGUACAGCUGUUGAACCUCUCACAACCUGUACCUGUAAUGUACAAAUACACAAUAGUACUAUACUACAGUAGUAAAGCUGUUAGACCUCUCACAACCUGUACCUGUAAUGUACAAAUACACAAUAGUACUACACUACAGUAGUACAGCUGUUAGACCUCUCACAACCUGUAACUGUAAUGUACAAAUACACAAUAGUACUACACUACAGUAGUACAGCUGCUGGACCUCUCACAACCUGUAACUGUAAUGUACAAAUACACAAUAGUACUACACUACAGUAGUACAGCUGCUGGACCUCUCACAACCU